CAGACUCUACGCGAUUGUGACACCUCGUGUCUCGACGCGUCUCGUCUGCAAGCUAGUCCUGCACUACCUACCCAUCGUUUUCACGCAAUGUUCAACAAUCAUGAAAGGAAGAAAUUUGACCCAGCGAAAUCAGCGAAAUCAGAAAAUGAGAAAGAGUGGCCUUUCCGCCUCAACUUUUACGACAAAUCCCCAUGGUAUGAAGUUAGUUUAGAGGAUUUUGAGAGACACGCCCUUGAUCGCCUUCGCGUUCUUGCGGAAAUCGAGUCGUCUUUUGCGCGCAACAGAUCUUGGGAGGAGUUGAAGAAUGUGACCACGCGGCAAUGCAAGGAUUACAUUCCUCUCAACAGCACCAGUGCCUCGACCGUGGAUACGCAGACUGAAAGGAUGCACGACCACCUGGGUCAUUUCGUACUCAGACUUGCUUUCUGUCGAUCGGAGGAUUUAAGGAGGAGGUUCGUGAAAGCGGAGACUGCUCUCUUCCGGGUGAGAUAUGAGAAUGAUGAUACAAGAGAGCGAGAGCUUUUCCUGAGGUCCCGGGACUUUCAAUGGACUGAGGUCAACUCCGAUGAGAAGCAACGAUAUGCCAGUGAACUAAAGGCAUUGGGAGUGAGCGUAGAAGAAGGGGUUCCGACAGAGAAGCUUUACAAGGUGAGAUGGACUCAAGUGCCGGAUCUCGUCAAUAAGCGGCGUGUCCUGCUAAAAGAUGGCUGGGCGUACGUUCCUACUAAGGAACAGCUCAGCAUUAUUCUGCGAGCAUUUGAGGCGAGCCUUGAGAAUGCGCUCGAUUCCACCGCUCGAUCGAUAAUGCGCAUGGACAACGAUACCCGCCUAACUGAAAUACUCAAUCAUAUGUCUCGAGGAUUUGUCGCAGGGGUGGCCUCAGAGUACUCUGGUCCAGCCACGGGCGACGACAUUACAGCAGACAUGGUGGACGACCUCGCCAAACGACACUUCCCCUUGUGCAUGCGGAACCUACAUGAAUGUCUCAUGCGGGAUCGUCACCUGAAACAUUUUGGUCGACUGCAAUACGGCCUGUUUCUCAAGGUACUUGGUUUGUCGAUAGACGAAGCAAUUGCGUUUUGGAGAAAGUCUUUCAGUAAUAUCACGGACGACAAGUUCAAUAAAGAGUACAAGUACAAUAUCAGACAUUCAUUUGGACUGGAAGGGAAGCGUGCCAACUAUCCAGCGAAGAGCUGUCAGCAGAUCCUCUUGGCAGACAAACCCGGUCCUUCUGACUGCCAUGGAUGUCCAUAUCGGCAUUUCGCACCAGACAACUUGCAAACGAGCCUUCUAGCAACUUAUUCCUCACAGGGACUCACAUCGGCAGAUUUAGCGGAGGUCAUGCGCACUGUGAAAGAAGGACACUACCAUGUCGCCUGUACGCGAGUUUUUGAGAUUACUCAUGCAGCAGCAGGAAUCAAGAAAGGUGAUGGGAUCGGAGGAGGGGAAAGUGUCACGCAUCCUAAUCAGUAUGCCGCAAAGAGUAUAGAAAUUGAGAAAGCGCAGCAAGUGGAUGCGAUGGCUGUAGAGUAAAAUUACUACUUGUCUCCAAUGUGCAUCUAGACUGAUUGUUGAUAUGAUCUCAUGAUCUUGUAUUUAUGGAGUUGUAGCUAUAUGCGGUGUCUGGUGUCCUUAAA